GGCAGCCUGAUAAAUUCUGGCACCAGACCUUCCUCCUUCACUUAUAAAUGCUCUUUGAGAGGUAGGUACAAGAAUAACACGGAUUCCAGUGGGGGAUAUAAGGAUAUCUCCGAACAGGCAUCCUCCAGUCAGUCCAAGGGAAGCUCCACAUUCAGCAACAACUACGGAACCAGUUCCCAGAUUCAGCACCUCUGACAGCUCCUCUACCCAGCUUCGCUACCUUGGACAGCGACUGUACCGAUUCAGCAACAAGGACCAGAUUCAGGACCACGGACAGCUCCCGUGCCCAGAUUCAGCACUUCGGACAGCUCCCGUGCCCAGAUUCAGCACUUCGGACAGCUCCCGUGCCCAGAUUCAGCACUUCGGACAGCUCCCGUGCCCAGGCUCAGCACCCAAACUCAGUACCUCGGACAGCAAAAGCACCGCAGCUACCAUGGAAGGAGCCCUAGUCUUCUGGAGAUACCGCACCCUCUUCUCCCUCAUUCUCUGCACCCUGGUCCUCUUCAAGGUCCAUUCCCAGGCAGCGCCUUCCCAGCAGCACCCAGACACAGCCUCUGCUUCUAAGAUAUACCCCCGGGGCAGCCACUGGGCUGUAGGUCACCUAAUGGGUAAAAAGAGUAUAGAGGAAUAUCCUUAUAUGUACGAUGGAGACAGGACCGCGGCCGCUGGGUAUUCCGAAGGAGACAAGCCAAUGGACGGGUCUCAACAAUGGAAAGAGGCGCUUCUCAGUUUAUUGAGGAUUUUCCAGGACAGCAGAAACACCCAGUCAGUGAGAGACACAAAGUUAUACAACAAGAAGCUCUGGGAUUCCGAGGAAAACAACAACUACAAAGAGAUGCUGGAAUUCUUGUACCAAAUGAUGAAGGAGAACGCACAAAGCUGAGACUGCCCAGAGGAUGCCGUCUGUACCAGGGGAGAGCUCCGUUUCACAAGCAUUCGAUUGUACCAGAUACCUGAGAGUUUAUUUAUGUAAAUGAUACUUUGUGUAAAUGAUAUAUACGUCUCCUUGUUACGAUCUUAUCAACCCUCAUACUUCCAAAGCACGGAAUUACUUGCCUGAUCUGUAAAUAAUGGUCGAGGAAGGGUCUUCCAGUAACAUGAUUAUAUUUUAGCACCUGGAAAUUUCAUCUUUUUAGUUUGUAGACACAGAAUAUUUUGACAUUCACAAUAAAAGCUCAAACAAA